AUGGAGACCAUCGCCUUCUCCCAGCUCCUGUACCCGAGCAUCGGGCUGGCGAGUUUACUCUUCUUCCUGCGCGCCAUCUUCGCUUUUUCCGGCGAGCCCAAGCCUGUCAAUUGGCACGCCUGGGAUCCCUGCCAGCGCAAAGCGAAGCAGGAGUUUUACUCCAAUGCCCGGGGGCUGAUUGCGAAAGGGCUCGAGAAGGGCCGCUCGGUGUUCCGGCUCGCGACCAACAUGGGAACGUAUCUCAUCCUGUCCGACAGGUACGCCGAGGAAAUCAGAAACGAUGAGAGAUUCAGCGCCUACGAUGCUUUAGUGGAUGUCAUUCUGCUGGAGUUGCCGGGCUUCGAAACGGCGUUCCAGGGCUCGCUACAUAACCAUGUCUCUCCAAUUGCCAUCCAGGCCUUGAAUAAGGAGCUUGUAUACUUGACGCGCCCCCUCUCCGAGGAAGCCAGUGAAUGUCUGCGCACCCGGUGGACCGAGACGUCUGACUGGAAGACCGUGUCCAUCCGCGAGACGGUACUGGCGCUGGUGGCGCAGAUGACGACGCGAGCGCUGAUCGGGCCGGAGCUCAGCCGCAACCCUGACUGGCUGGAAAUCGCCAUCAGCUUCACCACCAACCGCGCCAUCGCCGUGGCCGCCAUCCAAGCCUGGCCCCGCUUCCUCCAGCCGCUGGGCCACUGGUUCCUGGGCCCCUGUCAGACGGUGCGCCGCCAGAUCCAGCGCGCCCGGGCGAUGUUGUUGCCCGUUCUGCGGGAGAAAGCCGGCCGCACCAAUGACGACGACCCAUCCGCAUCGACAACCGCACACCGCGACUUUUCCACCCUGACGUUCAUCGACCAGUUCGCCCGCGGCGCGCGCUACGACGCCACGCUGGCGCAGCUGCGCCUGAUCGCCGUCUCCGUGCUGACGACCGCCGAUCUCGUGGAGAAGGUGGUGGCCCGCCUCGUGGAACACCCGGAGCUGAUCCCGCCGCUGCGCGAGGAGGCGAUCGCCGUCCUAACAGCCUCCCCGCAGGGCAUCCACCGCAGCAGCCUGCUCAAGCUCACGCUGAUGGAGAGCGUGAUGAAAGAAAGCCAGCGGCUGGAACCCGCCACCCUCAUAUCAAUGUUCCGCGUCGCCAAAGAAACCGUCACCCUCCAGGACGGCACCCCAAUCCCCAAAGGCACGCACCUCGCCUUCGCCAACGACCUCCGCCUCGAUGCCACCCUGUACCCGGAGCCCGAGGUGUUCGACGGCCACCGCUUCGAGCGCAUGAGGGGAGAUCCCCGCACCGCCGGACUGGCCCCGUUCACGAAGACGCGCAUGAGCCAUCUGGCCUUCGGGCACGGCAGGCACGCCUGUCCCGGGCGGUUCUUGUCCUGUGACGAGGCCAAGUUGAUCCUGUGUCAUAUGUUGUUGAAGUAUGAGAUUCGCGCGCCGGAGGGGGGCGUGGGAGGUGUGGUUGUGAGUGGGAUGUUUGUGCAGCGGGAGCCCGGGGCGAGGAUGAUGGUGAGAGCUCGGGAAUUGGAGGUCGCACUGGCGGAGAUCUUGCAUUGA